CUUGACAAUCAAUCAAUUAAUACUAGCUAGCGAGUCCCUGACAAGGAGAUUUCAGUUUGAAUUUCUUCAAGAUCCUGGAUCCAGGACAUAGGAUUAACAGGCUGCGAUGGGGGCCUGCCUGUCGUGUGUCGCGUCACAUGCUAUCGUCAAUACGAGACCAGAUGAUCAACUGCAUAGAGAUCCAAAUGCAGACAACUUUAUGUCGUCUCAUCUCUCGCUAGGAGCAAAGUUAGGAGAAAGAAUGCUUGGUGAAAAGGGCACGGGUGGAAAUGUGUUUUGUAUCAUACACUACCUAGCAACCUCGGGAUGCUCGCCGGUUUUCUGCGCUAGUCAUAAAAAAUCGCCGGUUUCCCACGCUAAAGGAAUUCUGAUACGAAAGGCCUGGGACUUGUUCGCCGUCCUGACUGUCAAUGGCCUGCAAUUUGAAGGCUGGUGGCUUUGCCGGUGCUUUGCUGGUUGCUUUGCUGGUGCUUCCUUCGACCAGCCCAGCGUCAUCCUAGAGGAAGAGAGGGCCGUGAUGGUGCCCGCCCCUCCUCCCAAUGUCGCAAAGCCGUCGACUCUCGUUCGGGGUCCGCUUAAAGUCAGCCACCUUCGGCAUUUGCCUAUUAUAUGCAGUAGCGACCAAAACCAGAGACACUCCCGUCUCAGCGCGACUCGCUCGUCUGUGCAACGUUCGCAUCUCAGGAGACAUAGAGAAUUCCAAUUUAACCGUGGUACAAACGAAGAGGGACAAGAUAUUCGCUGCAGAAAGACCUGAUUGGCUCCCCGACGUUAUUGGGUUAUCUCCAGCCCAACACCAGCA